AUUUUCUCUUCGCUAUUCGUCAAAACAAUAUUUAACAUUAUUUUCCCCCCAUUGUUAUUAAACGCUCCUUUGGCGAAACUCCGUGAAGCUGAGGUUCGUUGUCUAUUAAAGAAUUUAGUGAAAUGGAUAAAGAAACUAAAGCCGCAAAAGAAAGUUUCUUAGCAUAUCCUUCAACAGACCUCACUCCAGCAUUACAAGAUUACGCAGCAACUCAUCUCAACGAGACUGAGGAAGCAAAAGUCAAAGGUCUGCAAGCAUUUAAUGAAAUAUUACAAAAAGACUUCGAAGUACCUUUCUGCGAAGAUAUCUAUAUUCUUUGCUUUCUGAGAUCGAAAAAGUUUGAUGUCAAGAAAGCUGCUGAACUUUUCUAUAGGGGUACGAAAUUCGUUGAUUCACAUCGAAAUUUUUUUGAGAGGCCAAAUUCAUCUGAAGUCGUGCGACGGUUUCUCCAGGCUAAUGUGAUAGGCUUUCUCUCCUACAGAGACAACAAAAGCAGAGCCAUUCUCUACCUCAGAGCUGAAGCCUGGGAUCCAGAUCAAAUUUCUGCAGAUGAAGCUGUCUUUGGAGCAGCAAUAUCUAUUUUUUCAGCCAUCGAAAAUCCAGUUAAUCAAAUGGCAGGAAUGAUUAUAAUAACAGACCUGAAGCAUCUAAAACUACAACAGAUUAUAGCUUUUAGCAGCUGGAUCGUAUUAGGAACACAAGCUCUACAG